AUGGAUUCAGAUUCAGGAUCAGACUCUGAAUGCUAUGGUCCAGCAUUACCACCCUCGAUGCAGAAACGGCCUAUCCUGGGUCCACAGCUACCAUCCCCAGAUUUUCAAAACAAGGAUGAAUCUGAAGUAAAAGAGGAAAUUCAAAAGACACAUUCCGAAAGUGAAGAUGAUGAAGAAGUCUUUGGACCUGUGCCAUUGAACCAUCCUGCUGCUCAAAGUAGAGUUCAAAUUGCACUAGAAAACAGAGCCAGACGAGUGCAAGAAAAUUUUAGCAAUAAGGUUGAAGAUAAAAAUAAAAGAGAAGAAUGGAUGACAGAAUUACCAGAAGCACAUGCAUUAAAACUAGGUUUAGAUUCGAUAAAACGUAAAUUCAGAGCCACCGAAGGCCCAGACAUGUCAGAUAGAUCAAUGUGGUCGGAUACACCAGCUGAUAGAUUGAGGAAACAGAGAGAGAAAGAGGAAAAUAGAUUUGUUCCAUCUGAAGAAUCCACUAGUAAAAAAGCUAAGAAAUCAAAGUCUGAAAAACGCGAUCGCGAAGAAGAAGAAAAACGCGAAUCGUUACUAGAUAUGCAUUUGAAAAAUAUGAAAAAUGGAAAAACAAGCUAA